CGCGGAAGAAAAUUACAUUCCAGUUGUAUUAAAAAACACAAAAAAUUACAUUCCAGUUCCACUGUGAGGCAAUGGCGAGCAGGUUGAUUUCGGUGGAUCGUUGGGCGGCGGGAAGCCAGGUGUAUUUCCUGACCCACCUUCACUCCGAUCACGCCGACGGCCUCUCUUCUUCUUGGGCCAAUGGUCCUCUCUACUGUUCCCGCCUCACCGCCAAACUCUUCCCUUUCAAAUUCCCCGAAUUCAACCUCUCCUUGAUUCGCGUCCUUCCAAUUGGCUCCUGGCACUCCCUCUCUCUUCUCUCGCCCUCUGGCUCUGAAAUGCACCUUCAGGUCAUGGCCAUCGACGCUCUCCACUGUCCUGGUUCGGUGAUGCUGGUGUUUCGUGGGGAGUUUGGCUGCUUGCUUUAUACUGGCGACUUCCGUUUGGAAGCAGCUUGUGAGAGGGCCAGGAGGAGCAGGAACAUGCUCCUCGGUGCUCUUGAGGAUCAAGUGGUUGACAUUAUUUACUUGGAUAAUACAUACUGCAAUCCUUCGUAUGACUUUCCCCCUCGACAAGUUGCAGCUAACCAGGUUGUUAACAUCAUUUUGUCCCAUCCUGAGCACGACGUCAUUAUCGGGAUUGACACUUUGGGGAAAGAAGAUCUUUUGUAUCACGUUGCACGCGUGCUUAAAAUAAAGAUCUGGGUGUGGCCGGAGCGCUUGCGGACUAUGCAUCUUCUUGGAUUAUAUGAUAUUUUUACCACAAACACUUCUCUUACUAGAGUGAGAGCUGUUCCUCGGUACAGUUUCAGUAUUGAAACUUUAGAGGCACUCAAUAAAAUUCAUCCAACAAUAGGAAUCAUGGCAUCAGGUCUUCCAUGGUUGAAGCCGGGCCUUCAAAUGAGUAAAACUUUUUCUGGUUCCUUCCUGACAUCUCGUUCUAAAAGAGCUCCGGGGAGGGCAAAUUGUGAGUUCCGAAGUGAUCGGCAAUCUGGAAACACAGGAGCACUAGAAAGGCUUCAUGAGUACAUUUAUUCAGUCCCAUACUCUGAUCACUCAAAUUUUGCUGAGUUAAAGGAAUUUGUAAAGCUUGUCCGACCAAACAACCUAAAGGGAAUUGUGUCUUCGUCAUCAUGUUGUACUGAACCUAUGUACUUAGGCAGACAUUGUGGAAUCAAGCAGCCUGCAAAACAGUUGCAUAUGAACCAUACAAGCAAAGGAAGCAUUGAACGAGAAGUCGCUGUCAGCACCAAAGCUUCAUUUCUCAAUGACGAUUUUGUUGAGUCAGAGAGCAAACGACAAAAGACUUUGAAGGUUAAGUCUUCAGGAUUUCGCUCAAGCAAAUUCAGAGCGUUGAGAAGAAUGAGCCGUGGUGCAAAAAUAUGGGAACACAACUCCUGAUCAUAGCUGGAAACUGUCUUGGAAGAUAGUUUGAAAAAUAAUGGAUGUUGGGCAUUCAUGGAGUUCAGAAACUACCUUGAUAGUCCACGGAGCAAGUUAUGAUCUGCCUAACUCCUCGACUGAAGAAUUUUAACGGGAUAUUGCUGCAUCAUAAUCCUCUUUGUAUAGAAAGUUUCUGGGAGACUUUUUCAAGAGAAUUUAUCACAAUAAAGGCCUAUCGAUUUUAUA